AACUGCGCAUUUUAUCCAUUACUCGACUGCUGGUUGAGGAGAUGCGCAUCAAAUAUAUCUAACUAACAGUUGCUGCCCCUGUCCACUCGUCUUCUGGACUAGCAGGUCGUAACCGAUCACGGGCACGCGUGUGUGUGCAGUGGAUACGCCGGAGCUCUCUGAUUCGUGGACUUGUUGUGCGGCGCUUGCGGGGAUACGAGGAGCAUCUUCGUGCAGCGAGGAGGAAUAAAGCACAUUUUGUAACCCGUCUCCAAGCAGUGCUCGAUUCGGGUGGCAUUGCUUGGUCCUAAAAGUAAGAGAACGAUAUCGGAAAGAUGUUACCCACCACAUUAAAGGGUUCGAGGUGUUUAGGUUCAUCGUACCACUGAAUAUGGAAUAAAUUCUCUCUUUUCUUACUUUGACUCGGAAUACAGUUGGGUAUCGCAUCGAUUAUACUCUCGCAUUCAAGGGAAAAAUCAUUCCAUUCACAAGCAAUUGGAUGAGAGUCAUACUUGCCCUUGGCAACUAAAGAUGACGUUACUAUGGAAACAACUUGUGCUGCUAUCAAUCAUUGGCUGCCUAUCAGUUUUAUCAGCUCAAGCAGAAGAUACAAAGUUUCUUGGUCCAAGUUGGAAAACUGAACCUGAUGACCUGAUACUGCCCAUCCAUUCCACUGAACAAGAGGCUGUUCUAUCCUGUGAGGCAUUUGGGGUUCCUUCCCUUCAGUACAGAUGGUCUCUAAACGGAACGCUCAUUGAUCUUCGUAGUGACGAGAGGCGUCACCUGUCUGGAGGUAACCUGAUCAUUACCGGCCUGGAUAGGGACCAAGACAGCGGUGUCUACCAGUGCACUGCCUCCAAUGCUCGGGGAACCAUCCUCAGCCAGAGAGCCACAAUACAGUUUGCAUAUCUGGAGAACUUCAAAAUGCAGACAAGAAGUGCUGUCAAUGUGAGGGAAGGUCAAGGUGUCGUUUUGUUAUGUGGCACUCCGUUUCACUCUGGAGAGCUUACCUUCACCUGGCUCUUCAAUGAGUACCCUCACUUUGUCCAGCAAGAUAGUCGGCGCUUCGUAUCCCAGGAGACAGGGAAUCUCUACAUAGCAAAAGUGGAACCCUCCGAUGUAGGGAAUUAUACAUGUGUAGUUAAUAACAGUAUAACCAAGGAGCGGGUCUUCAGUUCGCCCACACCUUUAGUGCUGAGAAAUGAUGGGGUGAUGGGAGAGUACGAGCCCAAAAUAGAGCUUCAUUUCUCAGACACCAUUCCAGUUGCGAAAGGAUCCACACUGAAACUGGAAUGCUUCGCCUUGGGAAAUCCAGUUCCGAGGAUCAGCUGGAGAAGAACCAGUGACGUUCCGUUCCCUAGCAAAGUCAAACUGAAGAAUUCUAACGCCAUUCUGGAGAUUCCAAGUUUCCAACAGGAAGACACAGGGACGUACGAGUGCAUAGCGGAAAACAGUCGAGGGAAGAAUGCUGCAAGGGGGCGUGUGUCUUUCCAUGCAACACCUCAUUGGCUACAGACGAUGACGGACACAGCCUUGUCCAUAGAAGAGAGUCUGUUUUGGGAGUGCAAAGCCAAUGGAAAACCAAAGCCAUCCUACAGCUGGCUGAAGAAUGGAGAAAAUCUAAUAUCUGAGGGCCGAGUGCAAAUAGAGAAUGGCGCUCUCUCCAUCUCCUCAUUAAACCUUUCAGAUGGCGGGAUGUAUCAGUGUGUGGCAGAGAACAAGCACGGUAUCAUUUAUUCCGCCGCCGAACUGAUGGUGCUCGCCUCUUCUCCCAGUUUUUCACAGAAUCCUCUGAGCCGGGUGCUUAAGGCUCGCUCGGGCAGUGACGUUACCCUAGAUUGCAAGCCACGUGCCUCACCCAGGGCCAUUAGCUUGUGGAAGAGGGGGAGUGAGAUAUUGCAGAGAAACGAAAGGAUUUCUCUCUUCCCCAAUGGGACUCUUAAGAUUGCCAAUGUAACUAAGCGAGACGGGGGUAGUUACACAUGCAUCGCUAAAAACCAGUUUGGGACUGCAAGCACGACAGGCAAACUGUUAAUUACUGAACCCACGAGGAUCAGCCAGGGCCCCAGCAGCACAGAGAUCACAGUCGGGGAGAGCAUCGUGCUACCGUGCCAGGUGACUGCCGAUCCAGCCCUAGACCUGGCCUUCUCCUGGGCCUUCAAUGGUCAGCCUAUUGAUUUCCAUCAAGAUGAGGACCACUUUGAGAGGGUGGGAUGGAGCUUUUCUGGUGAUCUUAUGAUUAGAAACAUCCAGCUUAAUCACGGUGGGAAAUAUGUUUGCCUCAUCGAUACAGAUGUGGAGAGCCUGUCUACUAACGCAAUACUGGUUGUUAAAGGUCCCCCUAGUCCUCCAGACUUGGUGGUUGUGGAAGAGGUCACAGACAGCACAUCCCAGCUGUCUUGGAGCCCAGGCCAGGACAACGGAAGCCCAAUUACUGGAUACGUCAUCCAGACACGGACUCCCUUUACUGUGGGCUGGCAAGCAGUCGAUACAGUUCCUGAGGUGAUCAACGGGAACACUCUGACUGCAACAGUGGUGGGUUUGAACGCCUGGGUCGAAUAUGAGUUCAGAGUGCUGGCCAGUAACAGUGUCGGGAUGGGAGAGCCCAGUCCACCAUCCACCAAAAUCAGAACAGAGGAUGCUAUGCCUGACACAGCUCCCACUGAUGUCGGAGGUGGUGGAGGAACCAAAUCGGAAUUAGUGAUAACGUGGGAGCCUGUUCCAGAGGAGUUGCAGAACGGGGAGGGCUUCGGUUACAUCAUUGCUUUUCGCCCUGUGGGCACGGUCACUUGGACCCGUGCCGUGAUAUCUGCGCCCAGUGUCACCCGCUAUGUUUUCCGCAAUGACACCAUCCCGCCGUUCUCACCUUUCAAUGUCAAAGUGGGAGCGUUCAAUAACCGUGGAGAAGGACCAUUCAGUUCCAUUGCAACUGUGUUCACUGCAGAGGAAGUGCCUAGCAUAGCACCAGAGAAAGUAUCUGCAAGAAGUCUGUCAGCAGCCGACAUUGAAGUUACCUGGGAGCUGAUUCUGUCAACCCCUGAAAGAGUGCUCGGAUAUGAGGUGGUGUACUGGGAAGACGACACCAAGCCGGAUACAGUGGGUAAAGUGAGGAUCACUGGAAACUACACUGCAGUGAACGUUAGCAACCUACAGGGGAACACACAAUAUUAUAUGGCAGUGUGUGCCUUUAAUACUGCAGGAACCGGCCCUCAGUCUGUGCCUGUUAAUGUUACAACCAAAAAACCACCGCCUGGGCAGCCUCCUCAGAAUGUAGAGUGGAAUCUGAUCGGCUCUCAGCUCAUUCUGCAGUGGGAUCCAGUCAUAGCCCUUGAAACAGAAUCUGAGGUCACUGGAUACAUAGUUCUGUACCGAAGACACGGCAAUAAUGACAUGUACUCUGUCAUCACUAACAAAACCACAGUAGAGUUGACCCUCAACCCGCACGACAACUACGUCAUUCAGAUCAAGACCCUUAGUGAGGGGGGGCUGGGCGAAGGAAGUGAGCCCAUCCACAUCCACCAACUCAGCAUGGGUGCUCGAGGAUCCAAAGCAGGAAGGCUUUGUGCACUCUCUUUUUCUCCUCUUCUCAUCUGUGCUCUAUCGACGCUCAGUGCCUCCUGAUGUUUGACUCCCAUGAGCAUCAGACCCAGCCAUACUCCCAAAAACAUGUACACACUUUCUACUCUUCACAUCCAAGGCUACUGUUUCCCAACAAUCUGAUCUGAUGGUAUUCCCCAACUACGGCAACAUGUAUGGUAGAGACGGAUAUUGAAAUGUCACAUGGGAACAAGGGUGAAUUCCAUUAGUAAACAUGGCAGAGCCCUGGAAGAGUCAUUAACAUAUUAAGGGUAAUCUAUGAAUUGGCACACAUGGUCUAUAGAAACAUAACAGUUUGACACAAGAAAAAAAAAAAAAAAAACAUUAACUGUUUGUUCCUUGCAUAGAAUGUUUCUUUAUUUAGAGUGCCAAUGUGUGCAUCAUCCAUCUUUUCCCUGAUCUUUGAGAGAACAAUUAAUGCCUUAAAUUCAUGUAUGCACCAAAGUAGAUGACAAUAGUUUUGCAGUUGAGCUGUACUCAAAAAGGACAAGGGCUAAGAAACCAGUGUUGGUGGAAGUUGCUCUUAUAUACUGAUUUUGGAUCCAUUUGUGGCUUCCUUUGUCUUAAGUUCGAACUAAGUAGGGUCUGGGUUUAUAAAGCUGAGCAUAGAUUUGUUCUAAUGGGAAUCCUCUGCCAUUAGUUUGAAAAUACGUGUCGCUGUACCGCCUCAGUUAUGGAGCCGUCAACUCAAAGGCUUUUUCUCAGUCUCUUUGAUGGGUAUUAACAUUUUGUUUGACGCUUUAUACUGGUUAAAUUAUUGAUGUGUUAAGCAUUAGACACUGCACAAUUAAGGCUUGCUUUUCCUGGGAGUAUUUGCUCUACAUGUCAACUGGCUGAACCAGUUUCACACUUCAAUUUCCUUUGCUGUUGCCAUUGUGCUGCACCAUGCUAAUCACAACCCAUUUAUGCAUUUCGCCAUUUAACAAAUCGCCAAAAAGCAUAAAAAAGAUUUGAAACACUUAAAGGUUUCUGGCACCUAGAAAAGCAAGCUAUAUAAAUGGCUCUCCACUGGAUUUACAAACUAUGCCCCACUCACUUCUGUUUGUAUGUGUGUGUCUGUGUCAGUACACUGGCAAAUUAACUUGCAAAAUGUUUGACAGAACUAAGUGGCAAGAUGUGAAACACUAGAACUGGGAUGUAUAUUCAUGUUUUAUAUCUCUAAUGGCCUUGUAAAAGUUGAAAACACUGCAAACAAGUGCAAGGGUUAAAGCGGGAUAGAUAUUAUGAAGUCCCCAGAGAUCCCUACCAGUCAUUAUUCAAUUAUUCAAGGUGUUUGCAUGGUGGCUAAUGCUCAGGGCUUGUUACCCAAAAGGUUGCUGGUUUUAUCCCCAUAAAGAGUGUGCCAUGACCAAUCACCAUUGUGACCCUGAGCAAGACCCCCAAGUUGCUUCAGGGUUAUUCUUCCUAUUUUAAGUUCAUGGCAUUGGUCUAUGGUGACAUUGCAUAAAAGUUGCAGAAACAAAUUCCAUUGCUUCUGGUCAUGUAAUAAUAACAAUUCUAUUCAAUAUGAGAAUAGAAUUAGGGUGCUUGUGAUGCAGAGACAUUUUUGACUGCACAUUUGGCUAAUAGGAAUGUGUAAGACGCAUUUUGAGGGUGAUGAAAGUAGUGGUCAUCUGUUAUGUGUAUUUCCACGUCCAAUGCAGACAUUCUUUUACACAAUCUUCACUCAAAAUUCACUAAGGAAUUUUGAAAACAGAAAGUGUUUAUCAUCUAUUGACAAGUUCGGUCAAUUUGGAACUACCAGUGUGUUGAUCAGCCAAGUUUAAAGUGUUAUUGCCCAAUACGAUAAUCUCAAAUAUCGCCCGAUUAAUUGGCCUGGCGGAUAUAUCGGUCUGUUACCUGUGGAAAGUGCCGGGUCAGUUUUGUCAUCUAUUGACAAGUUCUGUAGAUUUGGAACUACCAAAUCUUUUAACCAACCACUUGUACAGCAUAAUUGGCCAAUGUUCUCAAAUAUCGGGCAAUUAUUUGGCUUGGCAGAUAUAUCGGUUUGUCACAAAUGAAAGGUGCCGGGUCAGUUUGAAAUAAAGGUAAUACAGUGAAUUGGGUUUUCCAAAAGUGUAACUGGACCAGCCUCUCUGAAAUUAUCAUUGGUCAACUGAUGCCUACGUCAGAACGCGUUGUGGCAAAAAGUGACAUUUUCUUAACUUAAUGAAGUGUCACUUUCGCAAAACUUUGCAUCUCCAUUCAAAUCAACUGGUUCACAGCAUUCGCUGAUGCGGUACAAACUCUAGUGUGCAGGCGCCUACAAUUCACAUUGUCAUGAUGCCCCAAAUUUUAUUCUGUGGCUCAAACAAUAUUGCUUUACCAAUACAUGAGAGACAGGUUGAAAAUAACUUACAUUUGUUACGUUAAUGCACCUUGAAUUCAAAAUCUCUCAUUUUUACCCUCAAUGAGACUGAGGCACUUCAGUAUAACCUUUAUCGCUACAUAAUAGUGCCUUCUAUGGACCUGUUUCUGGCUCUGUCUUGGCAGUAUCAGGCUUUAGAGUCCAUAAUUUGCACUUCUCAAAGUCAGACGAAAGCACAAGGAAGUGAAGCAAGGUGACAACCUUGCUGCUAACUCUCUAGAACAGGUGCAGUGCAGCCCAUAAAAGCAUGUUAAAAAAAAAAGUUAGCGAGAGAGAUAAAAAAAGAGGCUGCACAGCCCCAAUCAGGACAGUCUAUCUGUUCUCUUUCGAGCUUUCAUAAAGGUCUGGGCACCUUGAUUAGGCUGCAGUGGCCCAGUCAAUGGGAUAUAGAUUUUUCUGCUCUGUAUUGCGGCUGUCACAAUGCAGACUCUUGACUGAAUAAUGCCAGUGUUCCUGCCAGCCAUCUUGCGUUAAGUUUGUGCUUUGAGUGUCUGAGAUGUCCUUGGUCUCCUCCUCGCCUUCAGUGCUUGGAUGGACUUUAAUUCAUUUUGGCAAACAAGGUUCAGAAAAGAAAAGAACGUUUCUUUAAAAAAAAAAAGUUAGAUUUUCAUACAUUGUCAAUUAAAGUGAAAUAGAACUAUAUGCAGAUGUGAGUUUUAGCAUCAUUGAAGUCAACAUGAAAUCAAAAUUGAUUUUAUUUAUUUUUUCUUAAUAAGCAUUCCUGGUGAUAUUGCAAACGAUUCAUCGUGUUCAUACAUUAAAAAAAAAAAAAAAAAAAAAAAAGCUUGUCUUCAUAAUCUUUCACCAAAAUACUACAACUUGCUUCACCAAUCCAUAUUUUCUUAACCUUUCACGAUCCAAUCAGUUCCAGUUGAAUAAAGUCAAGUCCAACCCCACAUUUUUUUUUAGAUCCUGUUUCACUGAAAAUAUGUGACAUUGUGAUAGCCAAGUGGGUUGCAAAUGCUGUUACAUGUUGAUUUUAAAGAUAUUGUUACAGGUCAUUGUAUUUUUUAUUUAUUUAUUUUUUAUGUUAAAGUGUAUUUAUAGUUCUGUAGUUCAGUUCAUGCCUUUAAGAUUACAAAUUAUUAGUAGUCCAUCAUUUGCCACAUUGCUUUCUAUGUACGAUACAUUUAUUUUAUUUUUUUUCAACCUAGGGAACAAAAAUAGACAUUUGCUAUGUACUAUGACUAUUCCAGAUUACAGAGGUUUACAUGAUUACAGAAUUGGCACUGCUUAUUAAUCACACCCAUUGUUACAAAUAAUAUGUUUUCCAGAAUGUUUUUUCCAUUACCUGUUUUAAACACUUUCUAAACUCUUUUUUUGUUGUUGUUGUUCUAAUGAGCCCCAUCAACCCUCAGUUGCAGUAUUUGCAUAAUGAUGCAUCUCUGAACAAAUAAUUGUUGUUUAAUAGCAAUGAUUUCUUUUGUACUCUUAAAAUUGUGCAGUCUAAUUUCCCUGAUUUUGUGUAAACAGUAUAAUCAGUAAAUUUUGUUUCCCUUUUGGCAAAUGUUGAAAAUCUGAACUGUUAAUGGCAGUGGCUACAAUCCAAUUAUGUUUCUAAGUAAUCUGAAAUUAAAAAUACCUUUGCCGGAUGUAAAUAGUGACUAUAUAUUUUUAGAGUCAGGCAGCAUUGGUAUCCUGAUGUUUUAUAAUCCUUAUGGCCCUGGGAAUUUAAUACUGAUGUAUUAAUGAAUAAUCUCUGUGAGAUAAUUUACAUCGAACAUGAAGUUUUCAUAUUGAAACGUAACCAUUUUGACUUGUAUAAUAAUCACACACACAAAAAAAACUGUGCAUGUGUAAAAAAUGUUUGGUGCAUAUGUGUUGAAUUUUAUAGUCCUGUUAAAAACAUAAUAAAAAUGUCAAAAGCCUGAAUUUGAUCAGUCAAAUCACCCAUUUAUUUAUUAUUAUUAUUAUUAUUAUUAUUACUAUUUUUCAUCUAUAUUCACCAUAUUACCAGGGUAGUACAGAGAAAGAGAAAAAUAAGGUCAUAUGUAGCUUUUAAGCUGUAAAUCUAAUGCAAAAUUAAGGUCAGUACUUUUCUGGGUGACCUCAAAGUGUUUGUACAUUAUGCCGACCCUUUAUAAUCUGUGGGAUCUAAACGGGAUCAAGCUUUGCUAUGGCGGCUUGUAGAACAAAGUACUGUAUCAGCAUUUGAUUUCUUAUAUUCAUUUAUAAUGUCAAGAGUAGUUAAAGGGUUUAAUAGUUCCUUUGAGAAGUGAUAUUAGUACUAUUAUCAUAGUACUGGUGGUAAUUUAUUAGCUGGAUGUGCUCAUCUAUAUUUGAAGCAGCUCAUGAGCUGAUGUCUGAACUUUAACCUUCUUUGCACAUAAAGGGAGUAACGCAAACUUAUUUUCGCUCAGUUAUCAUCACUUUGUUUGUUAUGCACAAUGUAUCAUUACCCAAACAAGCCCAUAUUCAGAUCAAUGUGAAAAGGGCUGGGCUGGGUCAUCUCCAAAACUGGAUGUUUGAACUGGUGUGAACUGGUGUGUAAUUAAAGGUUCAGUAGACCAGAAUGUUUUCCUAAUUAAGUAUAAAUGCCAAGCUCGUCAGGAAGAGGAUGCCAGCUAGAGAUUAUAUAAAGGAACAGCAUGUUUUGAGGAAGACAGUGUCUCUCUUAAUUGUAAAUACAUACUGAAGUGACACUUAUACACAUGUAAAUUUGUGAUUAGUCAAGACAGGCAUUAAUCAGAAAGUCAUUCACAUAUGGAUGAAAAAUAAUCAGUAUUAAUGAGUUUAAAAAAUGACUGUAAAACAUGAAACUCUCUAGAAUGUGUACAUCCUCUCACCCUACAUUUUCUAUAUCAUCUACCUAAUGAAUUAAACAAAAGGCAGUUGUUCUUUUAACUUAACACAGGCAGCACCUUAAAAAAGCUGUGUUCAUGGCGCGAGGCGCUGAAAUUCAGCAAGAUGCAUUGCAGUGGUCAAAGACUUCUGUAUAGUGCAUGUUUAUACUGUAUAGAAAAGCACAUGCAAAAAUGUGUACUGUGUGAAAAGCCCAAAGUUGCUUUGGAUAAAGGCAUCAGCCAAAUGCAUGAAUCUAAAUGAAACUAACUACAUAAUAUGUGCAGCAAAUUUCUGCAGCAUAAGUGUUCAUAACAAGCCAAAGUUUGGGUUAGACUAGAGAAAAAUCACACUGAGCACACUUCAUCAUGCUGUUGUCAAAGUGAGUUGUUCAAAUGUCCUAAUUAUCAAGAUCAUAUCUCAAUAGUUAGUCUCGAGCUGUCUGUCUCAGUGGGCAGAUAUAUUCCCUCAUUACCCUUUAAGGUCUUGAUGCAUCAACUCUGCUUGGGAAUAUAACUCCAACAUAUGAUUCAUGACAGAUUCUAUCAUACAUUGGCACAAGCUCAGUUUGAUGCCAGUUCCUCAUGGAAAAAAAUCUGACAUCUUGGCAUCUUGAGAGCUGCUGUAGGGCUCUGCCAGGAUGAGGGGCAACAAUAUUCAUUAACAUGGUCUGCUGGCACAGAAGUGCAUCCUUUAAAGUAGACAUAUGAGUGUGGACAUGGGGCAAUGCUCCUCGUUAUCAUGGUGUGCUAGUUGAUAUCUGCCGUGAGGCACUCUUUAGUGUGUUUUAACGAUUGUGGGAACUACAACUCUUAUCACAUGUACAGCUGCAGAAUAGACUGGACACUGAAACAACCUGCUGUGGUAGGAAUUAGUGUAUCUGGCAUAUUUAAUUUGACGCAAAUGAAAAUAUUUAUUUACUUAACUUUUAUAUUCAAUAUUUUCAUUUCAAGAGCGAUUUCAUUUGAGUGAUUUAAUCUCAAAAGCGAGUUAAUUUGCUGAGCGAUCUCUCUGCAGGCUUUUUGGGAUUGGUUUAUAUUUACUUUAUUGUAAUUGCUUAGAUUCAGUUGAGAAUUUAUUUCUCUGCCUUGGUUUGUGCGACUUGAUCGCAACUGUCUUUCCACUAGUUAUUGAUUACUAAUUUUUCAUUAGGAUAACCAUUCUCUCCAAUGCAACCGGUACCCAAAUGAUCUAUAAUGAUGGCAAACUCUUUCAUGUCGAUCAUAGGUUUUGUUUUUUGCCCUCAUUAAAUAUAAUAUUGAUUUCACAUUGUGCGUGUGUUAGUGAUUCUAGCUGACAUGAGGGAGGCAGUUUACCAUAUUGACAACAGUGUUGUAGGACUCCCCACUAGGAUAAUUAUCUUGCAGAUUGCCUCUCAUCCUGAUAUGCUUUCUUGACAACAUGCCGGCACCAUUAAAUCAAGAAGCAGAACAAUUCUCUCACAUGGAACCCAUACUGACAAUGAUAAAAACUUGAUAUUGCUUUAGAUCAGUUCUUACCAAAAGAUAAAAAUAUUGCUUAGAGGUCGCUCUUUCAAUGCUCAGGAGACACAAAAGAGAUCCAAGUUAGUUUCAUUUUACAGUAGUAUGAACGACAGUAUGAAAAUAAAAUAAAAUAUAAAAUUCAAUAAAAAUCUUUAAAGCAAUAUUCUUGGUUCAAUACCAGUUAAGCUCCAUCAACAGCAUUUGUGUCGUGUUUAUGUGUUUUGUUCAUGUUUUGUGUUCAUGCCUUUUAUUUUGAAAGUUUAUUCCUGUUUCUUUUUCAUGUCAUGUGAUCUAUUCCAUCAUGUGAUCCUCUCUUGUUGCAUGUGUUUUGUUCUCAUUGGUUUGUGUUCAUUGUCACAUUAUCAGUCUUGUCAUGUCAUUGGUUCAUGUUUUAGUAUCUGGUUAUCUUGUUAUUAGUUCAGUCUCAUCAUUGGUUGUUUUUGUCAUGUGGUUACCCAUGUCCUUGUAUUUAAACCCUCAUGUUUGCCAUUGUCCUUUGUCAGAUAUUGUUAAUGUAUUGUUGUUUGGUGUAAUGUUGUUUAAGCUGAGUCACGUCAAGUUGUUUAUUUUUGUUUUGUAUUCACAUUUUUG